AUGGCAGAAGAAGAAGGUCAUCAGCCUGAAAUCAAUUCCGAUGAAGACUCAGGCGGCCUCAAAGACCGAAAAGUCUCUUGGGCAAAACUCCGUCGUGUAGACUCUCUAAAUUUGGAGGCUGGAAGACUUUCUUUUAAGCCAUCUCAUAGAUCCCAGGUAAGCUGGAAGACGUUAGACUCAAAUCGUAAAGUCUCGUUAGGAGUAAUAUAUGGAGACAUAGGGACUUCACCGUUGUACGUAUUUUCGAGCACUUUCACUGAUGGAAUUCAUCACAAUGACGACAUUCUUGGAGUGCUGUCUCUUAUUAUCUACACCUUAAUUCUGGUGCCCAUGGUCAAGUAUGUCUUCAUCGUCUUGUGGGCCAAUGACAAUGGUGAUGGCGGUACAUUUGCUCUUUAUUCCUUGAUAUGCCGAUAUGCAAAAGUGAGCCUGAUACCAAAUGAUCAGCCGGAGGAUAGGCAAUUGUCAAAUUAUAGACUGGAUACUCCUUCAAAUCAGUUGAGACGGGCUCAGAAGAUUAAAGAGAAGCUGGAGAAUAGCAAAACUGCAAAAAUCAUGCUUUUCCUCGUUGCAAUUCUGGGAACAUCGAUGGUGAUUGGAGAUGGUGUCCUUACUCCUUGCAUAUCAGUUCUUUCUGCUGUAGGUGGAAUCAAGCCUCUAAACAAAGAUGCUGUUGUGCUAAUUUCCAUUGCAAUAUUGAUUAUUCUCUUCUGUGUCCAACGAUUUGGCACUGAUAAAGUGGGGUACACGUUCGCUCCAGCUAUCUGCUUAUGGUUUAUAUUCAUAAGUGGAAUUGGUCUCUACAACUUAUUUAAACAUGAUCCAAGUGUUUUGCGUGCCUUCUAUCCAAAAUACAUAAUUGAUUACUUCAAAAGAAAUGGUAAGAAAGGAUGGGUAUCACUUGGUGGAGUUGUUCUUUGCAUCACAGGGGCUGAAGCCAUGUUUGCUGAUUUGGGUCACUUCAAUGUGCGAUCCAUACAAAUUAGCUUCUCUGGACUUGUGUUUCCUGCUUUAGUUACUGCAUACUGUGGACAAGCUGCAUACCUUUCCAAGUUCCCUGAUCACGUAGCCGAAACAUUUUAUGACUCCAUCCCAGGUCCACUUUAUUGGCCAACAUUUGUUGUGGCUAAUGCAGCAGCCAUAAUUGCCAGUCAAGCAAUGAUUUCUGGAACCUUCGCAAUAGUAUCUCAGUCCCUGAGUCUAGGCAGUUUCCCAAGAGUAAAGGUUGUUCACACUUCUGCUAAACAUGAGGGCCAGGUUUACAUUCCUGAGAUCAACUACGCCCUUAUGGUUGCUUGUGUCAUAGUUACUUAUGGUUUCAAAACCACCGAAAAGUUAGGCCAUGCUUAUGGUAUAGCUGUUGUUGCUGUGAUGGUGAUAACUACAUGUUUAGUCACCUUAAUUAUGCUGGUUAUAUGGAAGACUAAAAUCUGGUGGAUUGCAUCGUUCUUCGUCAUAUUUAUUUGUGUGGAGAUCAUAUAUUUCACAUCUGUCCUCUACAAAUUCACACAAGGUGGUUACCUUCCGUUGGCCUUAUCUUUUGUACUUGUGGUAAUGAUGGCAGUAUGGCAUUAUGUACACCAAAGGAGAUAUAUGUUUGAGCUCAACAACAAGGUUUCGAGUGAUUACAUAAGAGACUUGGCAAAGAACAAGGAUAUAAACAGAAUACCUGGAAUCGGUCUUCUGUACUCUGAACUCGUACAAGGCAUUCCACCAGUUUUUCCUCAUUUCGUUUCCAACAUUCCAUCUAUUCAUUCAGUUAUGGUUUUUGUCUCUGUAAAAUCCAUCCCCAUUAGCAAAGUGAUAGCUGAGGAACGAUUUUUGUUCAGACAAGUUGAGCCAAGAGACUACAGAAUGUUUCGUUGUGUGGUGAGAUAUGGUUACAAUGACAAAAUUGAGGAACCCAAGGAAUUUGAACGCCAGCUUGUGGAAAACUUGAAGGAGUUUAUCAGGCACGAAAAUUUCAUACUUGAAGGUAGAUCAACUGAACAAGUGCAAGAGACAGUGAAUGUUCCGCAUUCUGGUUUAUUAAAAAAUGAAAAUGAUGACAAGGCAAGAAAAUCCAGUUCAUCCGCAGUUCAUGUGGAAGAAGCACUGGAGCACCAAAUUCCAUCUCGCAUUUCAUCAAGCUCCAUACGGUCUAUUAACAUAUCCAAGUCGACGAAUUCUUCUAGCCGGAUCGCCCCUGUUCCCCUCCGGGGGGCUGAAGAAGAGAUGCAGUUCGUGCAGAAAGCAACGGAACAUGGCGUAUAUUAUUUCAUAGGAGAAACCGAAGUGGUGGCUAAACAGGAUUCCUCGUUGAUCAAGAAGUUCGUCGUCAACUAUGCCUACAGUUUCCUUCGGAAAAACUUCAGGGAAGGGGAGAAAACAUUAGCCAUUCCUCGUACCCGGCUUCUUAGGGUCGGUAUUACAUAUGAAAUAUGA